UGAUCAGGAGUCUACUAGCUAUUAAAGUUGGCUGAAGAAUGGAAGGUGUUGAGUUUAAGGAAGAAUGGCAAGAUGAAGAUUUUCCAAGGCCUUUGCCAGAGGAUGAUCCUGUUGAGUCAGAUGUAUUGGCUGCAGCUGAAACACAAAGCGAAGCUGGGAGCAUGGUGGUUAAAGGAACCAAAGUGAAGAGGAAGCUAAUGGCUCCAGAUAUUAGCUUAAAUUUUGAUCACACUGGAAAAUCUGUUUUGUCUGAUGACUUGGAUGACAGCAGGGAGAUUGAUUUGGAUGAUAUAGAUACUCCUUCAGAAAAUAGCAAUGAGUUUGAAUGGGAAGAUGAUCUUCCAAAACCCAAAACUACUGAUGUAAUUAGGAAAGGAUCGCUUACUGAAUACACUCCAGAAGAGGAGAAAGAUGAUGGUCGACGCUGGCGUAUGUUUAGGAUCGGAGAACAGGACCAUAGGGUGGACAUGAAGGCAAUUGAACCAUAUAAAAAAGUUAUUAGUCAUGGGGGUUAUUAUGGCGAUGGGUUAAAUGCCAUUGUUGUGUUUGCUGUUUGCUUUAUGCCUGAAAGCAGCCAGCCUAACUACAGAUACCUGAUGGACAAUCUAUUUAAAUACGUAAUUGGCACUUUAGAGCUGUUAGUAGCAGAAAACUACAUGAUAGUUUACCUGAAUGGUGCAACAACACGGAGAAAAAUGCCAAGUAUAGGCUGGCUUAGGAAAUGUUACCAGCAAAUUGAUAGAAGGUUAAGAAAAAAUCUGAAAUCAUUAAUUAUAGUUCAUCCUUCUUGGUUCAUCAGAACACUUCUGGCCAUCACAAAACCUUUUAUUAGCUCAAAAUUCAGCCAAAAAAUUAGAUAUGUCUUUACUCUGGCAGAACUGUCUGAACUCAUCCCCAUGGAAUAUGUUGGCAUCCCAGAAUGCAUAAAACAGUAUGAAGAAGAAAAAUUUAGAAAGAAACAGAAAAGAGUUGACCAAGAGCUGAAUGGAAAACAGGAGCAGAAAAGUGAACAGUAAGUUUGGAGUCCAAACAAGACUGAAGAAUAUGCAGAUGGAAUGAUGCUGAUUUUUGCUCCAUUUACAGUGCAUUCUCUGUGUGCAUGUACUAGAUAACCUGUUGCAAAAGGUGCUUAACCUCUUUGGACUAGCAGGCAGUGGACUGCUUACUGCUGUAUUGGUUUGUCUUGACUUUAAUAGCUAUGUUUAUGUAAUCAUUUUAUACCGCUAAAUAUAUAUAAAAAAAAGUUUCCAGAGGAUGUUCUUGCAGUUGUUUAUCUAAAUGAUGCAUGUUCUUCAGUAAAAUAUUUAUAUACCUAAAUGUUAAAGGAAAGAGAUAAUAUAUAUUUUUAUGACUGAGCAAUAUAUUCUGUGUACCUGCUGAAGGAAUUCAUUUGCAGGUAGACAAGGCCAUAAGUUACUUGUUAUUGUAUAAAUCUGUUAUGCUGUAAAUGGUCAAGUGCAUUUCUUUGUCACAGAAACCUUAAUUUGUUUGAAUAUUAACCACCAUAUAUAAUGUAGUCUUUCACAAGUGUAGAGAGCCUUAUUUUUUUGUUCACAUACCUAACACAAGUUGUAUUCGUUUACCUCACUAGAGCGAGUAAUGAGCUCAGAGCUAGAGCUUUAAUAUCUUUUAGUCCAUUUUUCUGAAUGCAUAACUGCAGUUCUGUGGACCUCAGUCCUGAUGGUCAAAGGGUUUAAGCCUAAGCCAUAACAGAAGCUAAACUCUUUGAAUUACUAGUAAGAUAUAAGACCUUUCUCAGCUUCAGUUGUGAAUUUUGCUUCAGUGAAUCAAGGCUGUCUCAGCUGACAGUUGGAAAUCAAUUCAUCACAGUUCUUCUGGGAUGAAUAUCAGUUGCCACCAGUAGGAGCUCUGGUCAUACUCAGUAGAGCUUGGGAGUCACACAGAUGCUGUAGCCGUAAUACCAAUUGUUUGUAGAGGUAUGGUGGGUCUUAGGCUACCUGUGUCAUCCUUGUAGGUGGAACACCCAUUUCCAAAACUUAGUUUGACACAUGAUAUCACCACUAAUUUGACUUAAAAAAAAAAAAGGU